AUGCCAAACCGCCUCAUUGGAUCUUCAUCUUCUUCCAGACGAAUCAAACAGCUCGCUUCUCGCGGCUUCAGUUCAAGGAGACCGCCGAGUUUGCGCUCCUCAGCGACGUUUGCUACUCAGUCGCGGACCCCACUUGCACCACCUUCCUCGACCGCGAGAGGGAACACCAGAAAUUACACCAGGUGGAAGACGACUUUUGAACCUCAAAGGUUCACCGGUUCAAUUUUGUUUCCGGCUCACUUUAGAUCACCGUGGGCCCAGAAAAACGGAGAAAUGGCCGACCAAUUUGAAGAGACUGCCCCCGCGGCUGGCGACAGUGCGCAGCAACAGAAGAGAGGGGGAGGAGGACGCAGAGGCGGAAGGGGAGGCGGCGGUGGUCGGGGAGGGGGUCAGCCGAGGGAGGUGUUGGUUUCCAAGGCGCUUUCGAAGCUUUUGAGGCACCAGGCUGAGAACGCGGGUCUCAAGCUUGACGAGGGCGGGUAUGCGCCUCUGGACAAGGUGCUCGCAUACGGACCCAUCAAGUCUCUCAAGGUAACCUUUUCCGACAUCCAAGCCGCGGUCACGACGUCGGACAAGCAGCGCUUCGCACUCAAACUCAACCCCACGGCGACGGCGGAGACGAGCGCGGAGCUAUCGACCGAGCCCUCGGACUGGCUGAUCCGCGCGAACCAGGGCCACAGUAUCAAAGUCGAGUCGGCGGGCCUGCUGACCCCCCUCACGCUCGAGGCGGGCAACGUGCCGGCGGUGGUGGUGCACGGGACGUACUUUGCGUAUUGGAAGCAGAUUGAGGCGUCGGGCGGGUUGAAGAGGAUGGGGCGGAACCAGGUCCACUUUGCGACGGGGUUACCCGGCGAUGAGAAGGGCGUCGUCAGCGGGAUGAGGAAGGAUGCCGAGGUGUUGGUGUAUGUUGAUGUCGAGAGGGCGUUGAGGGAGGAGGAGGGGGUUAAGUGGUGGACAUGUGGUUUCCGCGAGUUGCAAAAGGAGGACUCUUAG